AGUCUUCAUUAAGGACUGUUUUUACAAGAGCUUCACAACAGCAUGAAUUAAUCGAGACAUCUCUGUCCUCUCAGCUGAGGUUGUGUCUGGGUUGGCUGGUACGAUGGAGAGCAGUUCUGCACCGAGGCUGCAGCUGAUGGAGCUGAUUGCGUUUCUGCUUGUGGCUACCAGCAUUGGCUGUCUGCACGGACACCGUAUCACAGGUGACCACAGUCUUUGUUGUGUGAAUGAUUACCUGUCCACAAUCAACUGCACCCUGAGCAUUGCAUCUUUAGAAAACACCUCAGACAGCAACAGCUCCUACAGGCUCAUUUUCAAAACAUUCUACCAACAGACAUUUGUGUGUACGCUCACAAAGACCAGUGAGGAUUAUUUCUGCUCUGUUAAAACAUCUGAUCCCACGCUCGAUGACGAAGAUUAUUUUGACCCCUAUACGGAUAUAGACACCUUUGAAAUCUCACUCUGUCACAACCAAAGAGAUGGAUCUGAAAUCUGUGACAUCCUGGAUGACAAAUACACACCUUCAACAAACAUUAAACCAAACGCACCCUGCUGCCUCUCAGUCAGCCACAACUCAAGUCAACACCACUUCACCUGGAAAAGCACCUAUGAGAAAUUCGAACCAUACACCAAUCUGGUCAUCAACCUCCAGUAUCAGCUCCAUUACUUCAAAAGAGGAGACAAACAUAACGGCGGCGACAGGGUGAGUUCACACCAUAUUAACACAGACAGAACAAACUUUUCUGUGGAUGAUAAUAUAUUUUUGCCAGACACCGAGUACGCUGCCAGAGUACGGUCCAGUCCUAAUCAGGCUUUUUAUGAGGGACAGUGGAGUGACUGGUCCUCUGAGGUUCACUGGAAGACGGAGUCAGCUGCAACGCAUUUGUCAACAAAUACAUUCAAUCCUGAACUGGCUAAGAAGGUGUUCAUCCCCUUAUGUGUGAUGGUACCACUCGUCUUACUGUUGUGCUACGCUCCUGUUAAAAAAUGGAGGCAAAGUGCCUUUAUCCCAACUCCAGAACCAUAUUUCCACACCCUGUACAGUGACUGCCAGGGUGAUUUCAAAAGCUGGGUGAUUACGCAUGAAAACACGUCAGACACACUGAAAACAGAGGAAUCACUCCAAAUUGACGUCCUGAUUAAGUGUGCAGAUGUCCCCAAAGAAGACAGUCAGCCUCAGUUACACCACCACUUGGUGGAGGGCAGCGCAUACAGUAACAUUAUUGACCCAGAUUCGCCUCUCCUGGGCAUCCCUUACGCUGUGAGCACCAUGGUUUCACUGCCAGCUUCAGAGAGCUGUCAGCCAGGAAGCCCUGCUGAGGGAGACUCAGGGUGUUGGCUCUGCAGUGACACAUCUCUGGAUAAGGACUCUCCCUGGUACUGUAACGAGUAUUGCACCCUGAGCGCCUUCCAGCAGACUAGAACAGCCACAGCAGACCACCAUGAGACCUUGUCAACUAAAUCUUGCCCACAAGGGAUUAUCAGAGCCAUUCAGGAAACAUAAAAUGAUGUGUAUGUUGUUACCAGACAGUAAAAUAAUGUGAAACUUAACUUUAAUGUUUGACACAAAAGUUCAACUUCACACAUCUACACAGGGAAAUGUAAUCCUUCAAAAACCACAACUACAUCAAGCUUCAGUUACUGUAAAUGCUUUACUUUUGUUUUUAGUUUAGUAGUGUUUAGCCAUUUUAACACUUUGUACGUGUUUGUAAAAUAUUUUCACAGGAUCAUGCAAAAUACAAAUUAUAUAAAAUAUCUUAAUACCCUUUUGCUUGCAUCAAAGCUGUAAUGGACCUGCAAAUUGUUCUCAGACGUUAGGGAAAUAUAUAUUUUGAGUACUUUUUCUUUAUAACUGAGCUGUUUGUUUAGUCUGAAACAAAACAAAUAGCUCAGCUGAUCUUGCUUGUAUAUUUUUGUAAUAAAGAAAAUGAAACGGU